AUGGCGACCCGAACAGCCGGAGGCAAUUCUGCCUUCCACAACUUCCACAACGACUAUGCUCACAUCGCCGACCCCAACGAGCGCCGCAGACUCGCUCUCGCAGAGAUUGACAAGGCUCCCUUUGGUUGGUACCAUGUACGCGCCUGUCUGGUCGCUGGUAUCGGUUUCUUCACCGAUGCCUACGACAUCUUCGCAAUCGGCAUCGUCACCACCAUGUUGGGUGUUGUCUACUGGCAGGAGUCUGCUACUCCUGGCAAGAUCUCCGUUUCCUCCGACACCGCCAUCAAGGUCGCAACCUCUGGAGGCACUGUCAUCGGGCAGCUCGGUUUCGGUUUCCUCGCUGAUGUCGUUGGUCGCAAGAAGAUGUACGGUCUUGAACUGAUUAUCAUCAUCUUCGCCACUGUCGCCCAGGCUUUGACUUCCGGCUCCGCUGCCAUGUCUGUUACCGGUACCAUCAUCUUCUGGCGUGUUCUCAUGGGAAUCGGUAUUGGUGGUGAUUACCCAUUGUCUUCCGUCAUUACUUCCGAAUUCGCUACCACCAAGUGGAGAGGUGCCAUGAUGGGUGCCGUCUUUGCCAUGCAAGGUCUUGGUCAAUUCGGUGCUGGAAUCAUCGCUCUCAUUGUCACUGUUGGCUUCAAGGAGUCACUGAUGAGCGCCCGCGGCGCUAACGCUACUGCUGUCGUUGCUGCAUGCGAUGGCGUUUGUCUCAUCGCUGUUGACAAGAUGUGGCGCAUCAUCAUCGGGAUGGGUGCCGUACCUGGCUGCAUCGCUCUCUACUUCCGUCUGACCAUCCCCGAGACCCCUCGCUACACCUUCGAUGUCUCUCGCGAUAUCGUCAAGGGUGGCUCCGACAUCAAGGCCUACCUCGCUGGUACCGCCGAGGGUGUCCCAGACGAGGUUACCCGUGUCAACAACAUGCGCGACUCUGCACCACAGCUUGAGGUCCCAAAGGCUUCCUGGACCGACUUCUUUGGUCACAUCUCGCAGUGGAAGUAUGGCAAGGUUUUGCUCGGAACUGCUGGUUCUUGGUUCCUCCUCGAUGUCGCAUUCUAUGGUGUCGGUCUCAACAACGCUACCAUCUUGACCGCUAUCGGCUACGCUGGCGGUACGACCGCGUACGAGUACUUUUACAACAUUGCUGUCGGCAACAUGAUCUUGGUCUGCGCUGGUGCCAUUCCCGGUUACUGGGUCRCCGUCGCUCUCGUUGACACUGUCGGACGUAAGCCAAUUCAAAUGAUGGGUUUCAUCAUUCUGACCAUCAUCUUUUGCAUCAUGGGCUUCGCAUACAAGCCGAUUGGAGAGAACGGUCUUCUCGCUUGCUACGUUAUCGCACAGUUCUUCUUCAACUUCGGACCCAACUCGACCACCUUCAUCAUUCCCGGCGAGUGCUUCCCAACUCGCUACCGUUCCACCUGCCACGGUAUCUCUGCCGCAUCCGGUAAGGUCGGUUCUAUCAUCGCCCAGGCUGCUCUGGCUCCUCUCCGCACACGUGGUGCCACCAAGGAGAACGCUUCUCCAUGGCUCAACCACGUUCUCCAGAUCUACGCUCUUUUCAUGCUUCUCGGCUGUGGUACCACUCUUCUGGUCCCAGAGACAAAGCGUCUCACUCUCGAGCAGCUCGCUGGUGAGGUGCCUGGUACUCCUCAGUACGACCCUGUCCUUGCUGGUCGUAACGCGAUGCGCACCGAUUCGGACCCAUCAGAUGAGAUUUCUCGUGAGAAGGGAGAUCACAAUGUUUAA